AGGACCCGAUCUUGGUGAUGAAGCAUCCUUUGCAAGGUUUCGCUGGUCUCUGAUAGACGGUCGUUGUCUCAAGUUUGGAAUUUUUCUCCUUUCUCCGAUCGCUCUUCUCACAAAAUUCAUCCGAACGCGAAUUGAAUUUUGUAAAAGUUGUAGUCAUGGUGGGUGAAAACUGUAAGCCGUCUGUCUCGAAAACCCGCGCCAAAGUUUGUGGCGAUGUGAGGCCAGUUUAUUUGAAUCCGCAAUGUAAUUAUCUGUAUCGUGUUUCUGCUACUUCCAGCUCGAUUUCUCCUGCGUUUCAUUCUCCGGUUUUCAACUCCUCUCGACGUUCGCUGGGUCUUGUUUUCCUUUCCUCCAUUGCGUCUCCUCAGACUCCGACUCCCAAGAUUACAUCCACAUCACAUCAAGUUCCGCCUCCUGUGAACCCACCUGAAACUGAAAUCCCUGAUCCUGCCACUUUGAAGGAGCAGUGGAGGUAUGCCACUCGUUUAUACAGCCGCUGGUAUGCACACGCUUGGGGAACCGCAAUUCUGGCCGGUGCUUCAUUCUACGCUUUAGGCUGGUUAAUCAAAGGAGAAAAUCCUGCGGGAAAACACGAGAAGAAGGAAGAAGAGUAGAGGGAUCUGAGGUACUGGAUCGAGAGCAGUUGGAGAAACUGAGGAGGCUAAGGAAGGGACAUCCGUCUUUUACAGUUGUCGUAAUUCUUGAAUCUAAAGAAGGGGAUUGUUUCGGUACUUGCCACUAUUUCAGGGCGAGAAAUCUCUAACAGAGGAUGAAACUGAUGGAUAGCUGGAGGCAUAGAGCAUGUGAUGCUUCACAUCAGGGGAAAUUAUAUACUGUCGAUGGGGAGAGCGUGCAUUUAGCACACAAGGUUGACAUAAACCUUUUGCUUUGACCCGAUCCUUUUCCUAGGUUGAAUCUAAUGAAUGCUUCAAAUCUACCAAGAGGACGUGCCAAUGCCUUGACUCAUAGGCAUGGAAUGUACAUAACGGAUGUGUUUAGUGCUAGGAUGUGUCAGACACAAUUUAGGUUUCUAAAUCUGAUGAAUAAAUUGUAUUUAAAUGCUCAACAUUUUCAGUUAUUUUGUCCUUUAGAACCAUGAAGACUGUAGUGAGGCCGAGUUGUCGAGAGAACUCUCUUCAAGCUCUUGAACUACUCUUCUGAUACAGUCGUCAAUAGGGAUUUCUUCUCAUCCAGCUUGUAAGCUUGUAAGUAUUUUCACAUAGAGCGAGAAAUUAUCUGUGUUAUGCCUGUCUUCGGUCCUGAGGCUGUCAGACACAUUUUGACAUGUAUGCCUAUUACAAAAUGGAGUGGAAUGGAAACUGGUAUUUUGUGUUGGCCG